CCGCCCUUCUACUCGCGUACUCUCAUUUCUCCGAACACAACAGCUGGUGACCAGCUGAAGUCCGGACUGAGAUUAGAUUAGGAGCCAGAGGCAAAAAGUCUCAUUCAGAACAGAAAAGACUCUUCGCUUUUUGCUCAAAGUGCCAAAACGACCGUGCGUAAUUACGCGUAAAACACAGCAAUGAGUGCCAUAACAGCAAUGGACGUGAACGUUGAAGCCAAGCGGAUUCUGGCCGUAUCGAUCAGCAAACUGUACGCCUCCAGGACCCAGAGAGGAGGACUGAGACUACACCGGAGCCUCCUGCUCUCUUUGGUCAUGAGGUCCGCCCGAGACAUCUAUCACUCCUCUCGGGAGAGCGAGGCGCCGAUCGCGGCCGCUCCAGAGGAGCCGAUGGACACCAGCUCCCGAGCGGAGGAGCAAACUCAGCUCCCUGAGCCCGAAUCUGAGCCCCAGCCGGUCGCGAACGGAGCAGAGGCUGCCUCGGAGGUGUCGGACAGCCGUGAGGAAGAGAGCGACGGUGAAACCACCGAGGACAAGGAGAACGUGAGCCCGACAAGGCAGUCCAGGAAACGCCGGGGCAAGGCGUCGGCGGCGCCUGACUUCCUUCCCAGCAAGAGGGCGAGACUGGAGCCCGGAGAGGAGAGGUAUGCGGCUCCGUUGGGCAGCUGUCGCACCAUGGCUGGGGAGUCCCUGACCACUCUGUCUCUAAACCGGGUUAUACCUGCGUUCUGAACGGACUGAGCGGCCGAUCAACAGAACUUUAUUUUGAGAGGAGUAAUCCUCAACUCCUUGUCAGCCAAAGCACAAGGAGCUGACCUACAUCAGCGGUCCCGGGACGAAGGGAUUACAGGUGCCGUGAAGCGAGCUCGGUGCGCCUGCCUGCCUGGGCUGGUCCGAGCCCCGGGCAGACACAGAAGGAGAGGUAACUGGAGCUGCGGCCGGAAAGUUUGAGGAAGAAACAGCAGAGAAACUGGUUCUGUUGCCUGUCGUUUCCCGAUGACUCAUCACCAGUUCAACGACUCCACACAAGUGACUAGUGCUGAGUCAAAAUGUGUGCAGAGGUGAAUCAGAGACGUGAUAAACAGAUGACCACAAGCCAACACAUGAUCUCACACACACAUGAAGCUGGGACUCCUGGGAAUUUCCUGUUCUCAUAACCAGAAACCAGUCACUGACACUGAAAGAGGAAGAGUUUUCUCACACAUCCGCUGCUGCUGUGGACUUCACUACUGCUGCCAGGCUGUCUUACACACUGAUUCACACGCAUCAGAACAUUUUGUGUCUUUAUGGUCACUGAAGUCAUCUUGUUUGUGUUUGACCUGUGAAAAAAACCACUAUACCUCACAUUUCAAGCUGCUUCUCAUUGGUAUGUGACAAAAUUAAUGUAAAUAUGUGUAAUAAACCAGUUGAAAGGG